AUGGGGAGGAAGAAGGGAGUAGCAGAGUUUGAGGAGUCACCUCCAGAUGACUUCGAUCCAUCGAAUCCAUACAAGGACCCAGUGGUUAUGCUGGAAAUGAGAGAGCAUAUUGUUAGAGAGAAAUGGAUAGACAUAGAGAAAGCCAAGAUCUUGAGAGAGAGACUGCGAUGGUGUUAUCGCAUUGAGGGAGUUAAUCAUCUCCAGAAGUGUCGCCAUCUUGUCCAACAGUAUCUUGAUUCUACUCGCGGGAUCGGAUGGGGCAAGGAUCAACGCCCUCCUUGUCUACACGAUCCUAAGGUGGAGGCAGUAGCUGAUGGUCCACGUCUCCUUAAUGAUGUUACGUUUGUGUAUCUGGAGAUGGAUCAUAUAGGUGUGGUUCAAAAGGAAGGGAGGAAUGUUUGUAAGUUGGGGGGCAGCUUUGGAAGCUGUUCUGGUUUGGAGUUUCAGGCACUGUUUAGGGCCGUGAACGUUGUUUUGAGGUGUAGUAGGUUGAGUUUUGGUGGUUAA